AUGGAUCCGCGCUUGUAUGAAGCUAUAACUUCAGGGAACAUUUAUAAACUGGAAACAUUAUUAGCUACAAGGAAUGAUGUAAAUGCGUAUAUUACAACUCAAACUACAGCUACUCGCAAGAAUACUGUUCUACAUGUUGCAGCACAAUUCAAGAGAAAGAUGUUUGUAGCGGAAAUUUGCAAGAGAUGUUCACAGCCUGAGCUAUUAAUAAUGCAGCAAAACGUAAAUGGAGAUACUGUGCUGCAUAUUGCUGCAAGGCUAGGAUUAUCGGAUAUAGUCAAAGCUCUUAUGCAUCAUAUAAAUGCUCAUAGUAAUAAUACUUCUACUACUACUAAUAAUAAUCAUCGAGGCACUAUGGUGCAUGAGCUAUUGAGGAUGACGAACAAAAAGAAGAAUACAGCGUUGCAUGAAGCUUUUCGUAACCAUAAGUUUUUACUAGGAAGUUUGUUGAUUGAAGCAGAUCCAUUGGUUGAAUAUUUUCCGAACAAUGCCGGUGAAACCCCACUUUACCUUGCUGCCGAAGCAGGGUUGUAUGAGUUUGUAGUUAAAAUCUUAAAAAUUUGUCCAUCCUCAUCAACUCAUAACGGUCCUAACGGCAGGACAGCACUGCACGUAGCUGUAGCUAAAGGGUACUCAGAAAUAACAAAAUUAUUACUCGAGAAAAUACCAAGUAUUAUAUAUCAACGAGACGAAAAUGGAAACAGUGCACUCCACUAUGCUGCCUAUUUUUCCAAGCCAAAGGUUGCUGUUCAAUUACUAGAAGCUGACCCUUCUAUUGCAUGGGCGAAGGACCAUGAUGGCAAGACAGCUCUUCACAUUGCAGCAAGUAGUCGUUUGCCUAGAAAUAUUGCUUACCUAAUUAAGGUUGACACUCUUGGUCCUGUGCACUAUACGAAGGUUGGCCCUCUUGGUUUCCAGCCCUUUGCUUACAUGAAAUUCAAAUGUGAAAACAUACAAGUAAUUGAGGAGGUGACCAAAUGCUGCCAAGAAUGCUGGGAAGAACUUGAUAACAAUGGGCGAAACUUUCUUCACAUUGCUGCUGAAAACGGAAGCGUGAACGUGAUAAAGUAUAUCUUAGGGAAAUCAAACUUGGCUGAGAAUAUUAUAAACGACGAGGAUAACCAAGGAAAUACACCUCUGCAUCUGGUUCUUAGGUCUAAAUGUGUUGAAUGUUUGCGAAUUCUCAGCAGGGACAAGAGAGUGGACAAGAUGGCCGUUAACGGUGAUAAUUUAACAGCUUUGGAUAUUCUUCUUCGUGACCUGGACAAGGCAGAUAUGCCACAUCGGGAGUUUAUACAAGCGGGGUAUAGGUACCUGUUUGACGGAGGAUUGCUAUGGUAUGGGAGAAGCCAAAUCAGAAUAGAUAAAGAAGAUGAAAGUUUUGGAGCCAUAACACGGAAUAAGUACAAGAUAGCUAUAGAAUGUGCAAAAGAACUAACUGAAAGCCAGAUGUUAGUGACUACACUUGUAUCUGCAGUUACGUACACAACUGGUUUAGCACUACCUGGAGGCUACAUAAGUACUGGCGGACCCUCAUCAGGCCUAGGCUUGGCCACUUUAAAUGGCAUACCAGCUUUUAAAGCUUUUGUGGGUUGCAACAGCACUGCCUUGCUCCUUUCUAUUAUUGUUCUACUCAUCCACUACUUUAACAAACUCAUUCCUCAUAGAAAUGCCAAAUCAGUGGUACUCCGGGCUCUAGUAACACAUGUUCUAAUGUUCAGUGCCAUUGUACUAAUGUUGAUGGCUUUCAUAAUCGGAAAUUACCUUUUCUUUGGCCACUCGCUCACUUUUAUCAUCCCUGUAGCUUCUGCUGGCACCGUAAUUGUCUUGUAUUUCCUUGUCAAAUUUUUCAAAAAAACUAAAUGA